GAACAUUCGAACUGUAGCCAACCCAAUUCUUGAGUCGACUCAGGUGAACUCCUGCAAACUAUCGCAUCGGAUUUCUCGGCUGAAUCUAUGUUUAAAGUGUUCGAAAUUUCUACUUGCAUUCCUGAUCUUACUGAUCACAUAGUCAAGUGUGAAUAUCCAGAGGCUACCAAUAGUCAUAAGUAUCAUAUCUGCAAGUGCACCUGGGACCGGCCGAAUCAUUCUCCAGUCACGGUGGCAGUCAAGGUUAUCAGGGUACUACAACCUAAGAACAUCUUGGAUCUUACCGAGAGAUACAACGAAUUACUACAAGAAAUCAAAGUAUGGGGCAGACUUCAGAACGAACAUAUUUUGCCUGUGCUCGGAUACGUAUACGGACAUGGCCAUUUACCUAGCCUUGUGUUUCCGUGGAUGGAGAAUGGGAGCUUGACCAACUUCUUGCGUGAAUACGAGUCCUUAGAGCGUGGUGAACGAUUUCGCUUGCUGCAGGAUAUCGCCUCGGCACUGCAAUAUUUGCAUGCUAUCGCAGUGGUUCACGGAGAUCUAACAGGUGACAACAUUUUGAUUGACUCGCAUGGGCGUGCUUUUGUAACGGGCGUCGGGCUUUCCAAGAGGCUUAACGAGAUCGCCUCCAAAUCAGAGUCUGGUUCGAACGACACCCGUUCAGCCACCAUUCGCUGGAUAGCCCCCGAGUUGGUUUAUGAUGAUGGAGAGACCUUUCCCACUUCCAAAAGUGAUGUAUGGUCUUUUGAUUGCAAUAUGAUUCAUGUACAUCAACUCGUCCAUCGUCAUUCAAACCUACAUUAUGUAUCUAACAAUCAUCUCAGGUGCUCUCUGGGCAGUUGCCCUGGUGGUCAAUUCGAUCAAACCACAUUCCCCUCCAAUUACUUGCAAGAAAGGUACCACCACUGCCACCAGUAA